AGAUUCUUGGAUUGACCGACAGCUUUGUCUUCACCGCAACCCCAUCACCAUCGGAGAACCCCAAGAAGGCAGCAGAAGAGCCGGGUGGCUGGGGGGAAGUAGCUCGGGCGGAUGGCGGGGCGAGUAGUGACGGUGGCGCAGGACGGGAGCGGGGACUACCGGACGGUGCAGGACGCGGUUGACUCGGUCCCACUCUGCAACAGCUGCCGGACCAUCAUCCGGGUGGCUCCGGGGAUCUACCGGCAGCCCAUCUACGUGCCCAAGACCAAGAACCUGAUCACCCUCGCCGGACUCGGGCCCGAGAUCACCGUCCUCACCUGGAACAACACCGCCACCAAGAUCGAACACCACCAGGUGGCUCGGGUGAUCGGGACUGGGACGUUCGGAUGCGGGAGCACGAUCGUGGAAGGCGAGGACUUCAUAGCUGAGAACAUCACUUUCGAGAACUCCUCCCCUGAGGGUUCAGGGCAAGCAGUGGCCAUUAGAGUGACAGCUGAUCGAUGUGCCUUCUACAACUGCAGGUUUCUUGGUUGGCAGGAUACACUCUACUUGCAUCACGGGAAACAGUACCUGAAAGACUGUUACAUUGAAGGGAGUGUAGACUUCAUCUUUGGUAACAGUACGGCUCUUCUGGAGCAUUGUCACAUUCACUGCAAGUCACAGGGUUUCAUAACAGCACAGAGCAGGAAGUCUUCUCAGGAGUCAACUGGUUAUGUCUUCCUAAGGUGUGUCAUCACUGGCAAUGGAGGACGUUCAUAUAUGUAUCUUGGGCGACCUUGGGGUCCAUUUGGAAGAGUUGUCUUUGCUUACACUUACAUGGACGCUUGCAUCAGACAAGAGGGCUGGAACAAUUGGGGCAAGGUCGAGAAUGAGAGAUCCGCUUGCUUUUAUGAGUACAGGUGUUUUGGGCCUGGAAGUUGCCCAUCUAAGCGUGUGGCGUGGGCCCGAGAGCUCAUGGAUGAAGAAGCGGAACAAUUCCUCAUGCACAGCUUCAUCGAUCCUAAUCCUGAGAGGCCUUGGCUUGCGAUGCGAAUGGCCCUCAGAAUACCAUAUUGUGCCUAGACUGGAGGAGUUAUAUACACGAAGGUUUUGUAAUGAAGAACUCGGGAGAUAGGGUUGUGCAAUUGAAUAAGAUAAAAUACUUUCAUAGCUCGACAUGUGGAUAGUUCUAUUUCGAAAUCUUUUCGAGUUCAGAGGUGUAAAACAGGUCUCGUUCUAUGUUUCUUAUGGUGGAAGGCUGGAGUCUUGCUAUUUGGACAUAUUCAGAUGAGUUUAUCUAUGAAUGCAAAGCUCUGUAAGAGCCUCUUUUUUUUUUUUU